GGGGAGGGGCGACUGAUGUGCGUGAAUGCGUGCGUGUGUGUUGAGGGGGUUAUUAUGGGAUGUCUGCCCCCUGAUCUCUUUGUGUGUGCGCGCGUCCACGUGGGGCGUGUGUGCGUGGAUGAGUUUGUGCGCGCGGAGGUAAAGAAAAGAAAGAAGCAGAGACGGCGUCGUCGUCGUGUGCACACGCUGCCGCUCACACGCACACAAAAGAAAACUGAUUAAAACGAAGAAGAAAGAAGAUAAAACAGUUUGGUUGAAGGUGAAUUAACGCAGGGUCAUAGAUUAAAGCGCCUCCCGGUGUUUGUGGACGGAAAGUGUGGAGGGAGUUACUACUGUUGCUCCGACUGGGUCACAACUCUGGAUUACCACAAGCAAAAUAAAUAAACUUUAGGCAUUAUUUGGUUAGCUAGCAUUGCAGUUGGCUAACUAAGUAAAAAGUUUUCUGGUGAUUAUGUCUGGAAGUGAAGAUGACAGAGACGAGUACGGAGCCACGGAUGACCGAUUAUUGCACGACGAUGACGACGAGGAGGUCUCUGAGAACGAGGCUCCAAAGGUGAAAAAGAAAAAGAAAGCUAAGAAGAGCAAAGAGAGUAAGAGCAGCAAGAGGCGCUCACGGAGAGAGGAACUUCCUGUCAGCUCGCCGGAACACAUGGACCUGGGUGGAGUUGACGACGGAGAUGACGGCUCGCUGCGCCGCUCCGACAGCGAGGGCAGUGACUACACACCAGGUCGCAAGAAGAAGAAGAGAACGGGCAGUGUUAAAGAGAAGAAGAGGGGCAGUGUGGGAAAUGAACGCAGUUCAGCCAAGAAGAAAGAACCGGAACCAGAGGACGAGGAGGACGACGACGAUGACGACUGCUCGGAACCCAAGUCUUCUUCACAGCUGUUGGACGACUGGGGCAUGGAGGACAUCGACCACGUCUUCACGGAGGAGGACUACCGCGCUCUCACCAACUACAAGGCCUUCAGUCAGUUUGUCAGGCCCCUCAUCGCAGCUAAAAACCCCAAGAUCGCGGUGUCUAAAAUGAUGAUGGUCCUCGGCGCCAAGUGGCGCGAAUUCAGCACCAACAACCCCCUGAGGGGGGCAGCCGCCGCUAAUGCUGCCCUAGCUACAGCCAACGUCCCUGCUGCUGUGGACACCAUGGUGGCAGAGGUGGCUCCCAGUGUCCCUGCAGCCGCGCCAGCGCCUCCUCCGCCGGAGCCUCAGCAGCCGCCGGCACCACCGCUGCGAAAGGCCAAGACCAAGGAGGGCAAAGGUCCAAAUGCUCGCAAGAAGUCCAAACCUGCACCAAAGCCUCAGGAGAAGAAGAACAACAGCAAGACCAAAAAAGUGGCUCCACUGAAGAUCAAACUGGGAGGAUUCAACAACAAGAGGAAACGCUCCUCGAGCGAGGAGGACGAGCCUGACGUGGACAGUGACUUUGACGACGGCAGCAUGAACAGCGUGUCGGUGUCUGAGGGAUCCAACAGUCGCAGCAGCCGCUCCAAGAAGAAGCCCGCUAAGAGCAAACCCAAGAAGAAGAAAGAAGCAGAGGACGGGGACGGCUACGAGACGGACCACCAAGACUACUGCGAGGUGUGUCAGCAGGGGGGGGAGAUCAUCCUGUGUGACACCUGCCCCAGAGCCUACCACAUGGUCUGUCUGGACCCCGACAUGGAGAAGGCACCGGAGGGAACCUGGAGCUGCCCACACUGUGAGAAGGAGGGCAUCCAAUGGGAGGCCAGGGAGGAGGCCUCCGAGGGGGAGGAGGACAACGGUGAGGCCGGAGAGACGGAGGAGGACGACCACCACAUGGAGUUCUGUCGCGUCUGUAAAGACGGAGGUGAACUGCUGUGCUGUGACUCCUGUCCGUCCUCGUACCACAUCCACUGUCUCAACCCACCGCUGCCCGAGAUUCCCAACGGAGAGUGGAUCUGUCCGCGCUGCACGUGUCCGUCCAUGAAGGGGAAGGUCCAGAAGAUCCUCACCUGGCGCUGGGGAGAUCCUCCUCCUCCAACGCCUGUCCCCCGACCUCCUGAUCUUCCUGCCGACACUCCUGACCCCGCCCCGCUGGCAGGGCGACCGGAGAGGGAGUUCUUUGCCAAGUGGUCCAACAUGUCGUACUGGCACUGUUCCUGGGUCACAGAGCUUCAGUUGGAGCUCCACUGCCAGGUGAUGUUCAGGAACUACCAGAGGAAGAACGACAUGGACGAGCCUCCGCCCAUUGACUUUGGAGAAGGAGAGGAGGACAAGAGCGUGAAGAGGAAGAACAAGGAUCCCAUGUACGCUCGGCUGGAGGAGAAGUACCUGCGCUUUGGCAUUAAGAUGGAGUGGCUGAUGAUCCACCGCAUCCUCAACCACAGCGUGGACAGGAAGAACAACGUUCACUACCUGAUCAAGUGGAGGGAGCUGGCCUACGACCAGGCCACCUGGGAGGCCGAGGACAUGGACGUACCAGAGUUUGACACCUACAAGCAGCAGUACUGGAACCACAGAGAGCUGAUGAUGGGAGAGGAGGGACGACCGGGAAAGAAGAUCAAAGUGAAAGGACGAGUGAAACGUCCAGAGAGGCCUCCAGAGAACCCUGUCAUUGACCCGACCAUAAAGUUUGAGCGUCAGCCGGAGUAUCUGGACAGCACAGGUGGAACCCUGCACCCGUAUCAGCUGGAGGGUCUGAACUGGCUCAGGUUCUCCUGGGCGCAGGGAACAGACACCAUCCUGGCUGACGAGAUGGGUCUGGGCAAGACGGUGCAGACGGCCGUCUUUCUCUACUCGCUGUACAAAGAGGGUCACUCCAAGGGUCCCUUCCUGGUCAGCGCUCCCCUCUCCACGAUAAUCAACUGGGAGAGGGAGUUUGAGAUGUGGGCCCCCGACAUGUACGUGGUGACGUACGUUGGCGACAAAGACAGCAGAGCCGUGAUCAGAGAAAAUGAGUUCUCAUUUGAGGACAACGCCAUCAGAGGGGGGAAGAAGGCAUCAAGGAUGAAGAAAGACUCGUCCAUCAAGUUCCACGUCCUGCUCACGUCGUACGAGCUGAUCACCAUCGACAUGGCCAUCCUGGGCUCCAUCGACUGGGCCUGUCUGGUGGUGGAUGAAGCCCACAGGCUGAAGAACAACCAGUCCAAGUUUUUCCGUGUGUUGAACAACUACCCGCUGCAGCACAAGCUGCUCCUGACGGGAACUCCUCUGCAGAACAACCUGGAGGAGCUCUUCCACCUGCUCAACUUCCUGACCCCGGAGAGGUUUAAUAAACUGGAGGUCUUCCUGGAGGAGUUUGCGGACAUCGCCAAGGAGGAUCAGAUCAAGAAGCUCCACGACAUGUUGGGUCCACACAUGCUGAGGAGACUGAAGGCCGACGUCUUCAAACACAUGCCAUCAAAGACGGAGCUGAUCGUCAGGGUGGAGCUCAGUCCCAUGCAGAAAAAAUACUACAAAUUCAUCCUGACUAAGAACUUCGAGGCCCUGAACACCAAGGGAGGAGGAAACCAGGUUUCUCUGCUCAACGUGGUGAUGGACCUGAAGAAGUGCUGCAACCAUCCGUACCUGUUUCCUGGUGCUGCCAUGGAAGCCCCAAAGAUGCCCAACGGCAUGUAUGACGGCAGCGCUCUCACCAAGGCUUCUGGGAAACUGCUGCUGCUUCAGAAGAUGAUGAGGAAGCUGAAGGAGGGGGGGCACAGAGUCCUGGUCUUCUCUCAGAUGACCAAGAUGUUGGACCUUUUGGAGGACUUCCUGGAGAAUGAGGGCUACAAGUACGAGAGGAUCGACGGAGGAAUCACUGGAGGGAUGAGACAGGAGGCCAUCGAUCGCUUCAACGCUCCUGGUGCUCAGCAGUUCGCCUUCUUGCUCUCCACGAGGGCUGGAGGUCUGGGCAUCAACCUGGCCACCGCCGACACCGUGGUCAUCUACGACUCCGACUGGAAUCCUCACAACGACAUCCAGGCCUUCAGCAGAGCUCAUCGUAUCGGUCAGAACAAGAAGGUGAUGAUCUACCGCUUCGUCACCAAGGCCUCGGUGGAGGAGAGGAUCACUCAGGUGGCCAAGAAGAAGAUGAUGUUGACCCACCUGGUGGUCAGACCUGGUCUGGGCUCCAAGACGGGUUCUAUGUCCAAACAAGAACUGGACGACAUCCUGAAGUUUGGAACAGAGGAGCUGUUUAAAGACGAAGGAGAAGGUGAGAACAAAGAGGAGGACAGCAGCAUCAUUCACUACGACGACAAGGCCAUCGACCGUCUACUGGACCGGAACCAGGACGCCACCGACGACACGGAGCUGCAGAGCAUGAACGAGUACCUGAGCUCCUUCAAGGUGGCUCAGUACGUGGUCAAAGACGAGGAGGAGGAGGAGGAGGAGGUGCAGCGGGAGAUCAUCAAACAGGAGGAGAGCGUGGAUCCAGAUUACUGGGAGAAGCUGCUGCGUCAUCACUACGAGCAGCAGCAAGAAGACCUGGCCCGGAACCUGGGCAAAGGAAAACGCAUCCGAAAACAGGUCAACUACAACGACGGCUCACAGGAGGACAGAGGUGAGGCCAGGGGGCGAUCUUCAGCCGACUGGCAGGACGACCAAUCUGACGGCCAAUCAGACUACUCUGUGGCCUCGGAGGAGGGAGACGAAGACUUUGACGAGCGGACAGAAGCCAACUCUCGCAGGCCCAACAGGAAGGGCCUGAGGAACGACAAAGAUAAGCCACUGCCCCCCCUGCUGGCCAGGGUGGGAGGCAACAUUGAGGUUUUGGGCUUUAACUCCCGGCAGAGGAAGGCCUUCCUGAAUGCAGUGAUGCGUUAUGGGAUGCCUCCACAGGAUGCCUUCACCACCCAGUGGCUGGUGAGAGACCUGCGGGGGAAAUCGGAGAAAGAGUUCAAGGCCUACGUGUCUCUGUUCAUGCGUCACCUGUGUGAACCCGGAGCCGACGGCGCCGAGACGUUUGCUGACGGCGUCCCCAGAGAAGGGCUGUCCAGACAGCACGUCCUGACACGUAUUGGUGUGAUGUCGCUGAUCCGUAAGAAGGUUCAGGAGUUUGAGCACGUGAACGGUCAGUGGUCCAUGCCCUGGAUGGCUGAGCUAGAGGAGAACAAGAGGGCGGCGGCCCAGCCCGACUCGCCCGGAAAAACGCCCUCUACUGGGACGCCCGCAGACACGCAGCCCAACACGCCGGCUCCAGUGGACGACUCCAAGAACGACGACGCGCUGAAGGACGGCGAGAAGGAGGCGAGAAAAGACGGCGAGGUGGAGAAGAACGGCAGAGAGCCUGUGAAGAACUCCACCACUGAGGUCAUCUCCAUCCCCGACGAUGACGAGAAGAGUCCGUCAGAGCAGCAGGAGGAGAAGAAGAACGGAGAAGAGCCCAUGGAGACGGACAAACCCAGCAACGGAGAAGCUGAGAAUGGAGAGAAGGAGAAGGAUGGAGAGGGUGAGAAGAAGAGUCCAGGGGCUGAGGAGGAGGACAAGUCACCUCCAGAAACAAAGACGGAGACAUCUGAGGUCAAAGCAGAGGAGCCGGAGGUCAAAGAAGAGAAGAAAGAAGAGAAGAUGGACGCCACCCCGGCCGCUGAAGAUAAAAAAGAUCUGAAGGAGGAGAAGGAGGAGCGGAAGAACGAGGAGGUGUCCACAAAACUACAGAACGGAGACGGUGGUAAAGACGGCGCCGCCUCAGCAGCCAGCAGCGAGGAGAAGAAGAAGGCCAAGAGCAGGUUCAUGUUCAACAUCGCCGACGGAGGAUUCACAGAACUCCACUCUCUGUGGCAGAACGAGGAGCGCGCUGCCACGGUAACCAAGAAAACCAACGAGAUCUGGCACCGUCGCCAUGACUACUGGCUGCUGGCUGGAAUCAUCCAACACGGCUACGCUCGCUGGCAGGACAUUCAGAACGACGUGAAGUUCGCGAUCCUCAACGAACCCUUCAAAGGAGAGAUGAAUCGAGGGAACUUCCUGGAAAUCAAGAACAAGUUUCUGGCGAGAAGGUUCAAGCUGUUAGAACAGGCCCUGGUGAUCGAGGAGCAGCUCCGUAGAGCUGCCUACCUCAACAUGUCUGAAGACCCCUCCCACCCCUCCAUGGCUCUGAACACCCGCUUCAGUGAGGUGGAGUGUUUGGCUGAGUCUCACCAACACCUCAGUAAAGAGUCCAUGUCUGGAAACAAACCUGCCAACGCUGUGCUGCACAAAGUGUUGAAACAGUUGGAGGAACUCCUCAGUGACAUGAAGGCUGAUGUCACUCGUCUCCCAGCAACCAUUGCCAGGAUACCACCGGUUGCCGUCCGGUUGCAGAUGUCGGAGAGAAACAUCCUGAGUCGACUUGCGAGUCGAGGUCCAGAGACACAGACACAGCAGCAGAUGUCACAGCAGUAGACUGAAAGUCGUCUCGUUACCUCGGGAACCGCCCCCUGCCUCACAGCCACAUUCCUGAUUGGUGCACAGCAGAACGACAGACCAAGCUUGAAGCCACGCCCACUCAACUGCCCCGCCCUCUGAUCUUAAACAGACUUUUUUCUGGACGUUUGAAUUCCCGCCCGUGUCUCACCUUUGACCCUUAUGUUGAAGGUCGUGGGCAGAAAAGCGAUUAUUCCUUUUUCUUUUUUGAAUUUCUGUAUUAAUAUUAUUGUUAUAAUGUUAUUAUGUUUUUGAACCUAAAUAAAAAAAAAAAGUUUCUCA